AUGGACGGUCCUAGUCGCCAUGACAAAAUCGGGAAGUCUUUCUCCUGGUUCAAUCCAUUGAAAGCCAUAUGUUCUGAUGUGGAAUUCCUCAGCCGUUCUUCUGGUUUCAAUUUUGGUCCUGAAAUCGCCAACAAUGACCUCGUGAAAGGCACGACGAAGAUAGCCGAAGCUUGCGUUAGACCACAUGUUUUCAUCCGUAGACUUCCGGUUCAGGUCGUUAUUUGUUCGAAAGAUGUUCAUUGCCAUACUCGUGUUGACGACGACGACGCCACAUAG